AUGAAUAACUCUCAAUCUACAUAUAGUAACAAUUCAAGAUUUGUAUCUUCUCAUAGAGAUCCGCUUCAAAAAUACAAAGAGAGUUUGAAAGAAAAAUUUAAGCUGAUGUAUGAUUAAAUUGAAGAGCAAAAAUUUACAAAUCCAUUUGUUCUCCAUGAAGGAACAAUAUUUCUAACAGAAUAACAAUCAUUAAGAUCCUUCUUAAAUUCAACUCAAAAAUUAGUCGAACUUUCUCAAUUCCAAGAUGAAUAAAUCUCUGUAAAAAGAGAUAAUUAAAUAAUACCUCUAAAUGCAGAACCAUGUAACUCAACCAUUAAGAAAAUUAGACCAAGAAUAUUUGAUCCACCUCAUUUUCCACAGCCCCUCAUAUUGAGUUUAGUUAAAACAUCCUACAUACAAAAUACUCUCGAGCAACUUCAUGAAAAUAAGAACGGCUAAACCAAUUUUAAAGAAGAUAAACUAAAUCUAUAUACUCCAAUUCAACCAAUUCCAAUUCAAAAACCAAAAUCCUCAAUUGGAACUUAAGUUAAUUAAACCAUAGAACAUCAAGAGCAGCAAAACGUAUCAGUUUAAUACAGUAUUAAUAUAGAUUAAUAUUAAUCUUAAAAUCACAGUUUUCAAUCUUAUAUUGAUAGAUAUUAUGAUUAUUAGUAAUAAGAGUAGUGUAUUGAUAGAAAGUAAAAUAAAUCUGAAUCUAAGUUUUAGAAUGAAAAUGAUGAUUAUUUCUAUAUGUUUUGUUUAGAAUGUUAAUAAUUUGUAAGAAUGUACAAGAACAAUCAUAAUUAAUUCCAUUAAAGACAUUGUAAGACUUUAAAAUAUGAAAAUACUUUUUCCGAAUUUAUAGGAAAAUUCAAAUACUUGUUAGUUUAUGAAACUAAUUAAAUGAGAGACUAUGAUGAAAGGUGUAUAAAAAUAAGGAAAUAUUGUCAUGUAGCUUCAGAAAUUUGCACUGUGCUACAGAAAACGUUUUGCAACAAGAGAAUUAAUUAGCUGAAGGUAGAUCUAAUUAAAAUCCAUAAUGAAGUUUAUAAACUACAUGAUACACAUUCAAUGAAAAUCUAUUAAUUGUUUUAAUAAAUGAAGAUUUAAUUGGCGGUUUGA